GCGGGACGCGCGUCCGUCUUGCUUCACUUGCGUGGCUCUUUGGUCGCGCACACGCACGCGCACGCAGCAAGCGGGUGCGCGCGCAUUUCACCCCGACGAGAGACGCUUCGCUGCAGUCGUGAAGUGAGGAAGGUGAGGAAGAGGAGAUCGUCACGGCGAUGAUGAGCAUGGAUCCGGGCCACCAGGGGGAUCCCGAGGAGUGCGAGGCUCUGGAGGAGGUUCUGGUGGCGGCGGCGGCCCAGGCGGAGGCCCAGGCGGAGGCCCAGGCGGAGGCCCAGGCGGAGGCCCAGGCGGCGGCGAGCGAGUCCUGGGGUGGCGGCGGCGGCGGCGGCGACGCCGCUUUGGACGACAGCCUGACCAGCCUGCAGUGGCUGCAGGACUUCUCCAUCCUGGGGGCCGGCGUCCCCCCGGGCCGGCCGCACCGCCGGCGCCACCUGCUGAGCCCGGAGGCGCCCGCCUCCCCGCUGGCGGCCGACCCGGCCUCGGCGGGGCCGUGGGCGGCGCCCGGCGUGCCCACGGCGGCCGCCUACAGCCGCCUGCGGCCGCUGCCCGCCAUCGUGGCGCGCGGGCACUGCCCCGACGAGGUGGACUACAAGACGGACGCGGGCGUCAAGCCGCCGUACUCGUACGCGCACCUCAUCUGCAUGGCCAUGAAGCACAGCAAGACCAGCAAGAUGACCCUGGCCGGCAUCUACAAGUGGAUCACGGACAACUUCUGCUACUUCCGCCACGCGGAGCCCACCUGGCAGAACUCGAUCCGCCACAACCUGUCCCUCAACAAGUGCUUCAUCAAAGUUCCUCGUCAGAAGGACGAGCCCGGAAAGGGCGGCUUCUGGAAGAUCGAGCCGCAGUACGCCGAGCGCCUCCUGAGCGGCGCCUACAAGAAGCGCCGCGUGCCGCCCGUCAGGAUCAACCCGGCGCUGCGGAGCCGGCUGGGCCUCGCCCCGCCUCCGCCCCCCUCCGCCAACCCCGCCGGCCCCCUGCGCGUGGACGCCCAGUCUCAGCGGCUCCUGCGGGAGUUUGAGGAGGCCACGGAGCAGAGCUGGGACCGGGGCACCAUGCUGGGGUCCUGGCCCGUCCCCCGGGGCGGCGCCAAGAGGAAAUCGGGCUGCAGGAGCGGCGGAGGCAAGACCCCCCGCCGCUCGACUUCCCCCCUGCUCUCCUUGGACGAGCAGAAGGAGAACGGCCCCCUCAAGGGCGACUUCGACUGGGACGCCCUGCUGGACUCGGCGCUCAGCGGCGAGCUCAGCCUGCGCGCCGACGACGCCUUAGCCCCCGUCAUCAAGGACGAGGGGCCGAGCGCGGACCCCCCGGCCGACCCUCUGGCCGAGUCCCACAAGUCCUUCUUGGGCUCGGCCUUCCUGGAGAGCCCCUGGCCGGAGGAAGAGGCGGAGUCGGAGCGCGCUGACUUCAUGUGCGGCGCCGGCGUCAACCUGGAGCAACUGUUUGACCUCGCCGAGCCCCCCCCGGAGCCCCUGCUCUGAGGCUGGCCGGACCCCGCGCCGUUUACGUAAGCCGCCCGAAUUUCACAUUUCUCUCGUCCAGUUUCUCCGCCAAUUUUCUUCACUUCCGCUGGGAUCAGACAACCGGAUGUUAGCCCCAAUCGCAAACGACUUUCCAGGUCGUGUUUCGCUGAGAAUGAGACCCUACCCUAACCCUGCGGUCGCCCCGCUACGUCGUGUUUCCGUCUAUUUCGCCACACGGACCAGAAACCUCUGACGCAGCGCCUUGACAUCGCCCAAUAGGAAUGCACGGUGUGACGCCUGCCUUGCUCAAACUUCGACAGAACGGCAGCUGUCAAAUGUUCAUGUACGAGCGGGAGCGCUCGCGCUAGCUACCGGCGUAAUGUUUUGUUGCUAGCUGUAGUAAAAGUGCGCGGCCACGAUGUCAUGCUCUCCACCCCGAAUUGACGACCCGGGUGACAUCUCCGGCUCAGAACACAACCUUUUUUUUUUUUUUUUUUUAAUUUUUUUGUGCCCCCCCCCCCCCCAAAUACAAAACUAAUGUCGUUACCUCCACGGUAACGGUCGUCUCCGGUAGCGAUGACACAUUUUAUGGUCUCGCCUCUCCCGACGCGAUUUUGUCCCACUGAUCGGAAAAGACCCGACCGGCCGAUACGUGUCGUCCGCUCGUAGCAGCGGAGACGCCACACACGUCCCAUCCGGUGAGCUGGAGACCAAUCAUCUGUCUGUCCGUCCGUCCACCCAUCAACUGCUUGUUGGAUGUACGAGAUGAAAGGAUGCAAAAAUGUAUCCAUCUGUUCCUCCAUCCAGUUCAGGGUCUGAUCCCGGAUUACCUUUUCGGUCGAGAGGCCGGUUACGCCCCAGACUGGUCGCCAGCCAAUCGCAGGACACGCGUCGACAACUGGCGUGACAAAUGUUUCUCCUCCUGCGUGAAGCUAACGUGCGAAGAUGAUUUUCGAAAUCCAAGUCCCGGAGCGGCAAUUGGAAUCCCGCGUUAGCCGCUCGAUUGGCGAGCCAUCCAAAUGCUUUUAGUUUUUGUUGCCCCCCCCCGGUCCCCCCCCCCCCCCUCCUUCAAUGGACCUAAGUGCUGCUUUGGCCCCGCCUCCUCAGUCUCGUCACGACGUCACAUUUGCCAAAUGACGCGUCCGUCAACGUUUUUGUAGACGUCAAAGUGAUGAUGACGUUUGGUCACGUCGCGACGCCGCAC